UGGUAAAGGCGAUAAGGGGAUUGACAUGCGCGGGCGCAUGCAUGGCGAGAAGUUUGCGGGGCAAUGCAAAGCCUGGAGGAAAAACAAAAUAGGGCCUGCAGUAAUUAGAGAUAUGAUUGGAGCGUUGGCGAAUGAGCCAUGGUUUACCAUCGGCGUGGUGAAAGCAGGCAUCAUUAUAACCGAUAGUGAUCAUCUUUAUGAUGACCUAUCGGUAGUUGCUGGGCCUGUAGUAAUUAGAGAGAUGAUUGGAGCGUUGGCCAAUGAGCCAUGGUUUACCAUCGGCGUGGUGGUGGGAUUAUCGAAGGAUACAUUUACCAGUGGCGCGGUUAAAGCGGCCGAGGAAGCAGGCAUCCUUAUAACCGAUAGUGAUCAUCUUUAUGAUGACCUAUCGAUAGUCGCUGGGUUAGGUGUUACUAUUCAGGUGUCAAAUAAGCCAAGCAUAAACCAGACCAGCUAA